AUGAACGGCCUUGCUAUCAGCGACUUCAUAGCGGCCCUGCCCAAGGUUGAGCUCCAUGUGCACAUCGAAGGCACGCUCACACCAGCUCUUCGUUGGAAGCUAGCACACCGCAACAGCAUCACUUUACCUUACGCUACAUAUGAGGAUCUGGAAGCCUCCUACGCCGUGACCUUGAACCAUCGGCCGGAGCUCAACGGCCGCCAGCCCGGUAUCCCGACCUUCCUGGAAGCCUAUUUUGCCGGAUGCGAAGUUCUCCGCACCGAAGGCGAUUUUUAUGAUUUAGCUAUGGCGUAUCUGCGUCGCUGUGCGGCGAUGAACGUACGCUACGCCGAGCCCUUUUUCGACAUCCAAGCUCAUACGCGUCGGGGCGUGCCCGCGACCGCAGUCCUGGAUGGCUAUCUGCGCGCGCAGCAUGAUGGCGCGGACCAGCUCGGUGUGCACUCGCGCUGGAUUAUGUGCUUUCUCCGCGAUGAACCCGUGGAGCAGGGGUUGGCAGCGUACGCCGAAGCCAGGCCGUGGGCCGCUGGGACGGUUGAGGGCGGCAAGGGACUGUUCCACGCUGUCGGGCUCGCGAGCAACGCAUACGAGAGACCACCCAUGCUCUUCGAAGAGGGCUUUACCCUGGCUCAGGCAGACGGGCUACACGUCACCAUGCAUUGCGACUUUGGCCAGAAGGACACCCAUGCGCAUAUGAACGAAGCCAUCUUUCAGGUCCGAAAUGGACAGGGGUCAGAGCGUAUUGAUCAUGGACUCGAUGCCGAGGAUCAAGAAGAGUUAUGGCAAGGCCUGAUCGAUAGGAAGAUCGGCUUGACUUUGUGCCCCCAUGCCUAUCACCGGAGGACAGCCACCGAGGUCUUGUUUCCGAAGAUUCGAAGACUUGCUGAAAGGGGUGUCCAGAUUUGCAUCAACAGCGAUGACCCAACCCUGAUGCAUGAUGUGUGGAUCGAUGGAAAUAUGCAAAAGGUGUAUACAUACUGCGGGUUCAGCAAGGGUGAGAUGGUCCAAUUAGCAAGAAACGCGGUAGAUAUGUGUUGGGCAGAAGAGGAGAUCAAACAUGAUAUUUACGAGGAGCUGCGUAAGGUCGAUAUCAGUGAAUAA